AGUCCUCACGCGCUGUGCAGUGUGCAGAAAGUUAGCGUCAAACAAACUUUAUCUGCCGUCUGAAAGACCCUCCACAGGUGCCCACCGGCCCCUCAAGGAGCUCUAGACAUCUAUGCGGUUGCUUUAACUAUCAAUUCGAUGUCGCAGUGGACGAUUUUCAGCCAUUCUGACUAUAUACGCGACAGGAUCCUGUGGUUUCCCAAGAAAGACGUCGAGUAAAUUCUGGAAGUAAACCUGUACGGUUCGAAAGCGGGACUAUCGUUGGAAUACAAGCACUUUUAUUGCUCUGGCUUCAUUUGAUCUUCCUUCGUUUUGAUUUGGAGGAAACAUGGCUCGAAUGCUGAGCAAGGAGCUGCCGGAUAUCGAGAGUAUCCUGGCCUUGAACCCUCGGGUCCAGACUCACGCUGUGCUCCUCUCUACUGCGACGAAGAAAAUGGAGAAAAAACACUGGAAAAGAAACACAGAGAAAAGCUGUGAGCUGUGUUCGGCACCACAGCCGCAAAAACUCAAGCUGAAUUUUGACCUUUGUCAAUGCACCACUGUAGGGGAGAGAGCUUAUAUAUUCAACCCCCUCAAAUGUUUGAAGUGUGCAGAUGCACCGUGCCAGAAAAGCUGCCCGACCAAUCUGAACAUAAAGGCCUUCAUUACCAGUAUAGCAAACAAGAAUUAUUAUGGAGCGGCUCGGACCAUUCUCUCAGACAACCCACUGGGUUUGACAUGUGGGAUGGUGUGUCCCACCUCAGACUUGUGUGUCGGGGGGUGUAACUUGUAUGCGUCUGAGGAAGGACCCAUCAACAUCGGGGGACUGCAGCAGUUUGCCACUGAGGUGUUCAAACAAAUGGGAGUUCCUCAGAUACGGAAUCCCGAUCUCCCGCCUCCACAUCAGAUUCCUGAGAGCUAUCACACUAAAAUAGCUCUGAUCGGCUGCGGCCCCGCCAGCAUCAGCUGCGCCUCUUUCCUGGCCCGCUUGGGGUACGACGACAUCACAAUUUUCGAGAAGAAGAGGUUCAUUGGAGGACUGAGCUCUUCCGAGAUCCCGCAAUUCCGCUUGCCGUACGAUGUGGUUCAGUUUGAGGUGGAUUUGAUGAAAGACCUGGGAGUGAAGAUUGUCUGUGACCGAGAACUCGGCCAAGAUGGAAUGACGCUUCUCUCGCUGAAAGAAGAGGGAUACAAAGCUGUGUUCUUUGGAAUCGGGAUGUGUCGUUGUCACUCAGCGCUGCCGGAGCUCCGUGGCACUGUGAUCGUUCUGGGCGCUGGAGACACGGCCUUCGACUGCGCUACUUCUGCCCUGCGCUGCGGCACCCCUCGUGUGUUUGUGGUCUUCAGGAAGGGCUUCACCAACAUACGAGCAGUUCCUGAGGAGAUGGAGCUGGCCAAGGAGGAGAAAUGUGAGUUCCUGCCCUUCCUCUCUCCACGUGAGGUGUUGCUAAAGGCAGGGCGGGUCCAUGGAAUGGAGUUCUGCCGAACUGAGCAAACAGAGUCGGGUCAGUGGGUGGAGGAUGAGGAACAGAUCAUACGACUAAAGGCCGACUAUAUCAUCAGUGCUUUCGGCUCUCUGAUGAACGACCCCGCAGUGAUCGAGGCCAUGGCUCCCAUCAGGUUAAACAGAUGGGGGCUUCCUGAGCUGGACCCAGAGAGCAUGCAGACUAGUGAGCCGUGGGUGUUCGCUGGGGGCGAUGUGGCCGGUCUGGCCAAUACCACCGUGGAAGCAGUCAAUGAUGGGAAACAGGCCUCCUGGCACAUGCACAGAUACUUACAGUCCAUCUUUGGGCGGACGGUCAGCGGCCCACCCCAGUUGCCCCUCUUCUACUCACCCAUAGACACUGUGGACAUCAGUGUGAAGAUGUGCGGCAUCACGUUCCCCAACCCGUUUGGGCUGGCCAGUGCUCCACCCACCACCAGCACCACCAUGAUCCGCAGGGCCUUCGAGCAGGGCUGGGGUUUUGCCCUCACCAAAACCUUUUCGUUGGACAAGGAUUUGGUCACCAAUGUGUCUCCGCGCAUUGUGCGUGGAACCACUUCCGGACCGCUGUUUGGUCCCGGGCAGGGCUCCUUCCUGAACAUUGAGCUGAUCAGUGAGAAGACGGCUGCCUACUGGUGCCAGAGUGUGACGGAACUCAAAGCCGACUUUCCUGACAAUAUUGUCAUAUCCAGCAUAAUGUGCAGCUACAACAAAGCUGAUUGGACCGAGCUUGCCAAAAUGGCAGAGGAGUCUGGCGCUGAUGCCCUGGAGCUGAAUCUAUCAUGUCCUCAUGGAAUGGGGGAGAGGGGAAUGGGGCUCGCCUGUGGGCAGGAUCCAGAGCUGGUGCGGAACAUCUGUCGGUGGGUUCGGCAGGCUGUUCGGAUCCCGUUCUUUGCCAAACUCACCCCUAAUGUGACCAACAUCGUGGACAUUGCCAAGGCUGCACAGGAAGGUGGAGCAGAUGGCAUCACAGCCACCAACACGGUUUCAGGGCUGAUGGGACUCAAGGCAGACGGUUCUCCCUGGCCUGGCAUCGGCAGAGGAAGGCGCACCACAUAUGGUGGAGUGUCUGGAAAUGCCAUCCGGCCAAUCGCAUUGCGAGCAGUGUCCGCCAUAGCGAAAGCUCUUCCCGGUUUUCCCAUUCUGGCCACCGGAGGCAUCGACUCUGCAGAAUCCGGAUUGCAGUUCCUUCAUGCAGGAGCCACAGUGUUACAGGUGUGCAGUGCAGUACAAAACCAGGACUUCACCGUGAUUGAAGACUACUGCACUGGUCUGAAAGCCCUGCUCUAUCUCAAAAGCAUUGAGGAGCUCCAGGACUGGGACGGCCAGUCGCCUCCUACGGCCCGCCAUCAGAAAGGAAAGCCUGUGGCCUCACUGCAGGAAGUCAAAGGAAGGUGUCUGCCCAGUUUUGGACCGUACCUGCAGGAAAAGAAGGAAGCGAUUGCGAACCACAAAAAGAAACUGAGAGACUUCACUGACAACACUGUUUCCACCCAAGGAAUGAGAGUUUACACUCCCAAGGGUCCUGUGCCACGAGUUAAAGAUGUGAUAGCCAAAGCUCUGAAACACAUCGGCGCCUAUCAAGAGCUCAAUAUUGAGGAGCAAGUGCAAGCUCUGAUCGAUCCGGAGAUGUGCGUUAACUGCGGGAAGUGUUACAUGACCUGUAACGACGCUGGAUACCAGGCCAUUGUGUUUGACCCCGAGACUCAUCUCCCCACGAUUCAGGACAGCUGCACCGGCUGUACUCUGUGCCUCAGCGUCUGCCCCAUCGUCGACUGCAUCAAGAUGGUUGCCAGGACAACGCCUUACGUGCCAAAGCGAGGCCUCCCUCAAGCCGUGGAGCCCGUGUGCUGAGAGAAAUCCCAGACAAAAAAAAAGAUAAAAAUGUCUACAUCACAGCAACUAAUUUACUUGGUAAUUGCAGUGUGAAGAAUUAACUUUGUUGUAGAGGGGGGAAAGCAAAUAAUUAGAUU